UCUAAACCCAGCUCUACCUGCUGGCUCACCGUGUGCUUGGGCAAGUGACUUUAGAACCCUGUCAUUGUUGGGAGAUGGGCUUGCCGUGGUUUGUGUUCCCUCCUCCUUCUCUACCCCCGACGGGCAUCCAGCGAUGCAGGAAACAGACGACAAGAGUUCAGGGUCUGCUGCCCGCACCCUCUGUCGCUGGCAGCUAGGCAGCUGCAGGAUGCCGUGGUCAGGAGGCCCUGAGGUCAGGCUCCCCCUGCCAGAUGGAGACAAGCAGCCGCUCACCCCAUGCAGGGCUACAGUGAGGACAGCUCAGAGUCCUGUUAGAGACAGAGGCCAGUGCCCUUAGCCCGAAGGCCUCUGGGACUUGUUAGGGACUCUGUGCUAGAAGGGACAGGGCCUCUCCACGCCCGAGCCCCUGUGCACCCUUAUCUGGUAGGCAUUUCUGUUCUUCCUCUCGCCUGACACUUUUCACUCCUGCAUGCUUUCGUUUUGCUUGUAAGGUUGGGAGCCCCUCGGAUCAGAUGCUCUUUUCAGCCAAAGGCAUGAGUGGAACUUGGAACGGAAGUUUUCACCCUCCGCCUGUGAACACUUUUGUUCUCUGAGCCUCUCCUGGCUUUUUCCUGUGCAGCCAGCCCAUGCCCUCAGAGAAUUUGUUUUGCAUGUGGUUGUUAAACUUUGAUUCGGUGACUCAUGCCGGGGCGAAGCCUUCAAGUCUGCCUCCCUCAUUUGAUUGCUCUCUUCCUUUCCUUUUUUUUUUAAAAAAAAAAAAACUCAGAGCAAAACUACCUUGGCAGCUGAAUGUGAUCGUGGCACCCAGGAAGGGGAGCUUUGGCAUGAAGGGCCUCCUAAUGGCCUCGUGGCCCAGCCGGGCAGGGCUCCCUCAGGUUGGAUGAUACCUGGCCGACUGUGGCAGGCGUGGAGCUGGGGGUGCUGCGUGGAGCACGGGUGUCCACUGUGGAGGCUGACGCGACGCGCCCUGCUGCUCAUGCCAGGGUGGCUCUGCCAGAAGGAAACUGGGGGCAGGACCCUCAGCAGGGCCCCAGCUGGCACGGCAUGGAGCGCUCAAGCAAGAUGGAGUUCUUCCAGAAGCUGGGCUACAGCCGGGACGAUGUGGUCAGGGUGCUGGGCAAGCUGGGUGAGGACGCCCUGGUCAACGACGUGCUGCAGGAGCUGAUCCAGACUGGCAGCCGCCCUGGGGCCCACGAGAGCAGUGCUGUGCCCCUGCUCGUUCCCAGGGGCUCCUGCGGGACCCUGGACUCUGCCCACUGCGGGCUGGCGGCAGAGCUGGAAGAAGAGCGUGGAGACCCAGCCAGUUCCUUGCGACCCAUAGUGAUCGACGGCAGCAACGUGGCCAUGAGCCAUGGAAAUAAAGAAGCCUUCUCUUGCCGGGGAAUCCAGCUGGCUGUGGACUGGUUCAGGGACAGAGGACACGCCUACAUCAAAGUUUUUGUUCCAUCCUGGAGGAAAGACCCACCAAGAUCUGAUACCCCUAUUAGAGAGCAGCACGUCCUGGAGGAGCUGGAGAGGCAGGCGGUGCUCGUGUAUACCCCGUCCCGCAAGGUGAACGGCAAGCGGGUGGUCUGCUACGAUGACCGCUACAUUGUGAAGGUGGCCUACGAGCAGGAUGGUGUCAUCGUCUCCAACGACAACUACCGUGACCUCCAGAGCGAGAACCCCGAGUGGAAGUGGUUCAUCGAGCAGAGGCUGCUCAUGUUCUCCUUUGUCAAUGAUCGGUUCAUGCCUCCCGAUGACCCCUUGGGCCGCCGGGGACCCACCCUGAGCAACUUCCUGAGCAGGAAGCCCAAGCCCCCAGAGCCUUCCUGGCAGCACUGUCCGUACGGCAAGAAAUGCACCUACGGCGUCAAGUGCAAGUUCUACCACCCCGAGAGGCCGCACUUGGCGCAGCUGGCGGUGGCCGACGAGCUUCGCGCGCAAACGCGGGCCUGGCGGGGCGCGGGCGCCGAGGCGGAGCGGCGGAGGAGCGCGCGGGCGGCCCGGGAGGAGCAGGGCGGCCCCGGGGGCGCUCCCGCCGCGGCCUGGCCGGGGCCCCCGGCGCCCGGCGUGCGCAGCCUGCACCCCGCGCGGCGGGCGGCCGACGUGGCCGCGCUCGAAGGCGGCUUCUCGCGCCUCGCCUUCAGCGACGACCCUGGGCCCCUCGGGGCGCCCCCUCGGGACGCCGGCCUCGCGCCCCGGCCGCGCCGUCCAGACUGGGGGGCGCCGGGGGCCUCGGCGUCCCCGGGAGCCCUGCCCGGCCUGCUGAGCCCCCAGGUCGGGCCGAGGGGGGGCCACGGCCCCGGGGCCCCGCACAGUGAUCUCCCCCAGCGCAGGAGGCCCGCCGAGCCGCGGGCCCUCCAACAAGGGACCGGCCGGUUCCCGGGCCGCUCGGCCUGGGCGGAACGCAGCUGGGGCGACGGCGCCUUCGGGGGACCUUCGGGGUCCCCGCCUCCCUCCGCUCGCGGCGAGGUGGACGCGCGUGCCCGGGCGCGCAUCGCGCUUUGCAGCAUCUUCCCGCCCCACCAGGUGGACAGCGUCAUGGCCCUGUUCCCGGCGCUCUCCGACGUCACCCGGCUCAUCCUUCUCAUCCAGAGAUUCCAGACGUCUGGGGCUCCCGUGGGGAAAUCCUAAGGAAGUCGUCCAAGCCACCGGAAGUCCCAAUCUUGCCUUGCCGCUUGGUCAGGGCGGGUGGUCGGCCUGUCCCUGGGGCGAGCCACCCUGCAGCCCUCUUUUCUUUCAAGAAGGUCAGGGAAGCCGGCUUCCUCACCCUCAGCAGCACCCAUGCUGGCACUUGAUGACCCUCACUGACACUGCAGGGCUUGCUGCUGGAGGUCGGUGUCCUGCAGAAUAAGGCUGGCCACAUCCAUGGAGGGAGUGGCCUCCUAUGUCUGGAAGACUAGAAGGUCCCAUGACGGCUCCAGGGGUUUGUCCAGAACACUGCAUGGCUGUUUUGUCAACCUGCAUUUGGGAUCCACGAGUGGGUCACAACGUCAAUUUAGUGGGUCACACCAGAAGGAGUGGUGUCGGAAAUCUCAGAGCACAGGCCACAUGACCAAGCUAAGUAUGAAACUCUUGUAUGUUAGCUACAUGUGUGUGCACCUGUGUGCCCUUGGUAGCCGUGCAAACUUAACGUGGGUCAUGGGCAAAAGUUUGAAAAAUCCUGGUAAAUGGCUUUGGCUUUUAUUUCAUCAUGUGACAUCUGAAAUACGUAGUCAGUUGACUGGUGGAGGUCUUGGCAUCUGAUAGGUUUCAUAUCAGCUGUUUCUUACCUCAUGAGAGGAACCUAGAAUUCUAGCCUUGAUGGGUGGGUCCGCUUGUCACUCUGUGUGGUUGGAGGUGGGGCAGGGGCACGUGGUCUUGAGGGCAGAGCACAGAUCCUCAACUGGUUGAGCCUUCUAAGUCACACCUCACUCCUGAGUCAAGGCCCGGUGAGUCAGUACUUGUGCUCAGAAACCUCCAGGUGGGUCAGUGAAGAGCUGGGAUGAGCCUCAGUCGUGGGGGUUUAUCGCCACCUUCCACCAGUGCUGUUUCUUCCAGCCAACUACUGCUUUGAGUUUUGGGGAGGAGGGACCCACCUGCUUGCAGUGGACAGGACAUGAGACUGCUUGCGGGGUAUGAACCCUGCGUCCUCAGGGGCCCUGGCAUCUCUAGUGGGCAUCCACCCGUUCACUCUGGGUUACAAGUCCAGAUGUGCAGGUCUUAGCUCAUUUGUUCGUGAGGACCCUUGGUGGCUUGGCCAUCAGGGAGAAUGUGAGGCACCUCCCAGUGGAAAAUCAGCUCCCAUCCCCCAAAAGCUUCCUGCAGACUGGCGAAUGCAAAGGGAAACUCUUCUCAGAGCAUCGUUCAGCUGCAUGCGUUGUGGACACAGAGCAGGGUGCACCCCUGGGAGAGUCUGCUUCUAGCCCUCUAGUUCAUGGUAAAUGCCACCAGUGGAGGUACAGUGACGCUGUGUCUCCCUGUGACCCCUUUGACCUUUUUUUUUUUUUAAGUAGGCUUCAUGCCCCAUGCAGAGCCCAACUUGGGGCUUGAAUUCACAACCCUGAGAUCAAGACCUGAGCUGAGAUCGAGAGUUAGAUGCUUAACCGACUGAGCCACCCAGGCGCCCCCUUUUCGUCUUUUUAAACCAGAUUCUUAGAGUGGCUCCAGCCUGAUCUGGUCUUCACCUCUUUUUGCCAGAGGACAACUGCACCCACAGUUAUAUCUUAGUAUUUUGGGAACUUAGUCCUGAAGAGGCCCCACCCUUCCUGGAUAAAGUGGAUUUCCCUCGUGGUGUUUUGUUUUGUUUUUUCCUUUCUUUUGACAAGACAACUUUAUGUGUUUGUCUCUUGGGUCUGUCUCCUGACGUAGAGCCGUCUCCCUGCUGACUUACAGUUGGAGAUGUUUAAACUGCUUCCUUUGAGGACAAGUUUGAGUUUUAGUAAGCUGUAAAGCUAUUUUAUUUGGUUCACUGUGAUGAAGACAAGCACAAAAACAGGUGAAGAGACAGCGCUUUUCAGUGUAAUCCCCUUUGGAAUUUUUUCCAAAGUCUUGGUACGUCUUUUUGACACAAAACAUGGAUGGAUGGGUGACUGAAAUGUUCCUAGUUGCAUAACUGUCACCGUGAUCCAAAAAUAAAUCACUUUUAUCCACACGUGGGCUCUCUGUUACCAAAUUGUAUAUCAUUUUCUCCCAUGGCGGCUUCUCCCCUUAGGCCAAGUUUUCACGUCAAAUAUUGUGGGUGUGAAAACUGAUGUUGUGGCUGCCUUAUUUAGUGUUAUUCCUCCCUUGGGGCUGAGGAGGCUGGGAUCUGCCUUUUCCAGGGGCGGCCCAAGGUGAGAACAUGCCUUUGCUGGAUGUUCAGCCGGCGGUUACCAAGGACACAGGUUGCUUAUCGGUUUGCUAGACUUUUAAAGUCCUCGUUACAGAACCACAAAGCAGUCUCAUAAAAGCCGUUCUUCCUGUGUAAACCUGCAGCAGAAUCCUUGAUUGCUCAGAUCUGAGGAGCCUGCUGCUAUACCGUGCUUUUGCUGGGGCUGCUUUCCCAGAGGCCUCUGGGCGGCGGUUUGCGGCAGAAACUGCAGAAUAUCAGGGGUCAAGGGGGUAGACGCAGGAGAAGCCACUCACGUCAGCCUUGCUCCAGGUAAAAUGAAUCCCAGCCCUCCGGAGUUUACACAGAAUUCACGUAGGGGACAAUGAGCCAACUGCCCGCUGGCACGGGUACAGCUUCCGUUCUCUAGGAGAACAGUCCCUGGUGGGGAGAAGAGCGUGGUGGGGGGGAGGGGAAGAGGCAUUAAGGAAUGGGUGAUGGGGGAGGGGGCUCUGGGAGAUGGAACAACUACUUGGAAUCACAAAUCCCACCGUGAGGGAAUGCACAGAGCCAGGCCCAGCUACUUGUGGGGCCCUGUAUGGAUUUAAAAUGCAGGGCCCCCCGGGGGCGCCCGGGUGGCUCCAGCUAAGUAUCUGGGGCUCAGGUCGUGAUCUCACGGUUCGUGAGUUCGAGCCCCACGUCGGGCUCUGUGCUGACAGCUCGGAGCCUGGAGCCUGCCGUGGAUUCUGUGUCUGCGUCUCUCUCUGCCCCUCCCUUGCUCGCACUCUGUGUCUCUCUCUCUCUCAAAAAUAAAUACGCGUUAAGAAACAAAUUUAAAAAAAUGCAGGUACCUGUUCAAACGUGGUCAAGAAUGUCAAGACAGCACAGCAUUCAACCAAGCAUGGGGUCCUUCUAAGUGGGGGUGCCCCGUGUGCCUGCCUACUGCCCACGAAGCUGCCCGGUGUGGAAUUACCAAGUGUGCAAGGGAACAUUUUGCAUGCCCAGAGUGUCGGAGCCCAAGGUAUGAUGUGCACACUUCAUAGCUGGGAAAGGCCACAUGUGUCCAGGGAGGGUCCUGGUCCCCCCAGGUCUCCCCCUCAGGGACUGUCUACUGCACCCCCUGAGGACUGACUGAGCGGACCUUCCUUGGCUUUCUCUGCCCACCUCUGACAACAAGGGGCAGAAGAGGAGAAGUUAAGGGUCCUGGGAAACCAGACGCGGGACCAGCUCUGUCCGUAUGAGUACGAGAAGGCAGUGGGGGUGGGCCCAGCUGGGCAGCGAGUAUACUGGUUUGUAUUGGGCAAGGCUCUUUGGGUGCGGGCAUGGCUUACAAACCAAAGGUCAGGAGGCCAGGGGCGGAGGCGGCUUCGGGGUCGGCUGCAAUGACGGGCUUGAACCCUGUCUGUCGGAAUUCUCUCUUUGGUUUUCUUCUGCAUGUGGAUUAUUCUCUCCUUCUGAGGUUUUCUCUGCACGGCGAGGGCCACUGUGUUGGCAGACCCAGGCACGUGUCCUUCCAGCUGAAGGACUUUCAGCCUCAGAAAAAUCCUGGGAAGAAUUGAGUGACCUGAUUGGGUCAUGUGCCCAGCACUGAACCAGUCACUGUGAGGUGUUGCCCUAGACGCAGCUGGGUCUCAUGGUCCUUUCUGGCCCAGAUGAGGGCACGUAUUGUGAUUGUCAGCUCCCGCCAGACCCCACACGGUUGGGGGGGGGGGCGGGAGGUUUAAGGGGAUGCCAGGCUCUUCCGUCAGAUCUAAGAAGCGGGCACGGUGUCCAGGCAGACAGAACGAACGCCAGGCAAAACAACAGCGCUCAACUCUGGACUCUGGGCCAGGGUUUAGGUUGGCCGCACCGUCCUCCACCGCCGGCUCCGGUGGCACCGGAGAAGGGAGCCGCUGUGUGUCUUCUCUUUGUCGCUUAAUCAGGAAAAACCUUCCAUCCACAGUCAGCACAGCUCUCUGCGGGAGCAAGUUGGAGGCCCUGCUGCUACAGGGCCUGAGCGAUCGUCGUGCGCGUCUCGCCACUCCCGGCUUGCAGCCAGAUGAGCACUUAGGUGGGAGACUGCCAAAAUGCCCCGCAGAGGAGGAAGUGGCUCUUCAGAGUCAAAAGGUGACCUUGUUCCCUUUGACUCACUUCUGAACCGAUGCCCUCUAGAUCUCAGGAAGCUCUCAGGAUCGGAGCGCUCAGCCCAGCCGCUGGCAGCUUCACUGGAAAGGGGGGGGCGGGGGCGGGCCCUGGCCCAGCUUGGUAAUUACUUGGCUCCAAGUUCCUGGGGGAACAAUGUCACCUCUCUGUCCUUAUGGAGGAAUGACAUACUUAACCCCAAUGCCCAGGAACAGGAAAGGUGUGGUAAAUAAACAGAAAGGCAAGUGGGCCACAGGGCUCAAAAGCCAGUCGAAUGCCGUAUAUAUAUCGACUGGCUGGCUGGCUGACGCUGAGUGACACUGAGUGACACUGACUGGGUGGCUGACAAGGUCUGAGUAAUCACUCAAAUAGGGUUAGUAAAUCACAAUAGUUGCGACUUUGCCCGAAGUCCAACUUACUCUUGAAAAUGGCGUCUGUGUGACUAAAACAAGCCACACCAAGCCCUACCGAUGCCGUUCUUGUUGGGGUAGUGGAUGGAGGCUUCUUCCCCCCAAAGGAAGGAUGGGAAGCACAGGAUGGAAAUGAGGUCUCCCUCUUUGCGCCGGUGAUUUUUUUUUCCAGUCCGGCCCCCUUUUCCUUUCUCUGAGACUGUCUCUAGCCCUCGUUUUCUCAAAGCCCCUUCUUCCUACAGAACCACCUUCUCAGUGGUCUUUUGGGGGCCAUGUUUCACUUGAUUGUAUGUAACUCCUCUGCUCUGUCCUCUUUGGUCUCCUGCUCCCACCGCUGCCCUCAAAGCUCUCCGGCCCUCAAAGCCCUUCUCUCUCCCCUUCCUCCACGAAGCCUACCGGGGCCAUUCCAGCCCUUGUGACCCGGUCCUCUUCUCGGAUUCUUCACCGCUGUCCUUUCCGGGGCUGGACAUUUCCCACUGCCCCAGGGCACCCUUGGAAAGAUUUUGCUCUGAGUAGUUAUUUGCUGUUCAUCAUUGAACUCUUUCCUUGUAUUUGGGCGUGUAGACCAUGCACAUUUGAGAGGGUUGGGGCUCUUGUCUUUAGCCUUGUCUUUCCAUCAGCUCUUAGGCCAGUCAGGAUCAGUGAGGUUAUGUCACUGAACCCAAACAGUCCCAGAUCCCAAUGGCUAGGACCACAGGGUUGUGGUAUAUUGUGCUCCAGGUCUGCCGUAGGUUAGCCAGGGCUGUGCAUGCAGAGACCCAGGCUGAGGGAGGAUCUGUCUCCAGCUUCCAAGUGGGCGGAAGAAGAGAACGUUCUCAAAAGUGCACCGAUUCUUAAAGCUUCCAAGUAGAUGGCAACACCUGUCUGCACGGGGCAGGAGAGCGCGAUCUUCCUGUGCGUCUGCUUAGGGUAGGCAGAAUGGCACCAUGAUAGUUUGCCUGUGGUGGCCAACAGUGAAUUAUUUCUUGAUUGAAAGCCUUGAAGGAAGAAAUGAGUUAAAUAAAACAUGGUACAUUCAUUUAAUGGAAUCGUAUAAGCCACUAAAAUGAUAUUGCUGGAGGAUGUUAACACAGAAAACGUUGAGCAUAGAUUAUGAAGUAUAAAAGCAGAUUAUAAAAAAAAGAAUGGGCCAUAUUUCUCUUUUAUUAAAAACGCAUAUUAUAUGGGGCGCCUGGGUGACUCAGUCAGUUAAAUGUGUGAGUCUUGAUUUUGGCUCAGGUCAUGAUCUCACUGUUUGUGGGAUCGAGCCCCACAUGGGGCUCUGUGAUGACAGUGCCUGGGAUUCUCUCUCUCUCCCUCUCUCUCUGCCCCUCCCCUGCUCACAUGCUCUCUCUCACUCUCUCUCAAAAUAAAAUAAACAUUUAGUAAAUGCAUAUUAUACUUAUAGAAAAGAAAUUCUCGAAAAGGUGCACAGGUCCAGAUGGUGAGAUUAUGAGGACAGGCAACCUCUCCUCCUUUUGGUCUUUAUUUUCUAAAUCUUCUCCAGUUGAUCGCUUUCAUAACAAGAAAAAAAUUUCUUGCUAAACAACCCGGCCUUUUAAAAAGUGGUAAAGUAUACAUUCAUCAUAAGAGAUGCGGAAAAUUCAGGCCCCUUGAAUUGACACGUGAAAACACCAAAGUUUAGAUCUUUCCAGACCUCUUUCUAUGUAUGCGUGCAUAUUUCGUUGAAAGCGAAUCCUCACCCGCCAGAGCCUGGAGCGCAUGAGCUGUGGUCAGUGACGUGAUGGUGCCCGUGAGCAUUGUGCUGGUUCCAUGGCCAGAAAAUCCUGUGCAGGCCCUGGCUCCUGGGAGGGAUGAAGGAUCCUGGGAGGCACCCCCCCCCACCCCCCACCCCCCCCCCCCCCCCGCCAAAGCUCUAUGUCUGCCAGCUCCUGUGGCUGCUCUGUGGAAGGCCCAGCACGCGUGGCACCCUGGGUCCCAAACACGUACAUUCGGGCUCGUGAUAUCCCAGGCAAGGAGGUGGCACUCGCUGUGGAGAAUUUGGCCCUGGGGGCCUCACGGCCUCGUCGCUUGGGAAAGGAGGAAGAUGGACGUUUCCCCAUUCUCCGUUUGUGUUCUUUGAGUUGGUUCUGCUCCAGGGAAUUUUUUUGGCCAAGGCAAGUUCAAAAUAACUCUUCAUGAUCUGUUUGGUGCAAAUGCAAGUUGAUUUAUGGCUUUGCUGACCUUUGAUUCACUGGCAAAGCACUGCCUGGGGCCCUGGGGAGAUUUUCCUUUGCUUGUUUACCCGGGGUGAUUUAGGAGCUAUAGUGCCAAGAAGGUUUUCCUAUUUCUUCCACCCCAGGACUUGACCUCGUGGCCCCUGCCCUCAGGGCUCACACCCUGGGGGACUCAGCCUCAGAUCGUGUACAGACGGACAGUUAACCUUCAGAUGCCCUGGACCAUGUUACUCAUUCAUAGUCUCUGGCUUUUAACCCCUUUCAAGAGGUCCCCAGAGAGGGGUGCCUGGGUGGCUCAGUCGGUUAAGCGUCCAACUCUUGAUUUUGGCUCAGGUCAUGAUCUCACGGUUCGUGAGUUCCAGCCCUGUGUCGGGCUCUGUGCUGACAGUGGGGAGAGCCCCACUAUCCUUCCCCCACUUACUCUAUCUCUCAAAAUAAAUAAAUAAACUUAAGAAAAGAAAAUAAAAGUUAGAAAAACCAAAAAGACAAAACAGGAGCGCCUGGGGGGCUCAGUCGGUUAAGUGUCCGCCUUCGGCUCAGGUCAUGAUCUCAUAGUUCAUGGGUUCGAGCCCCGGUUCAGGUUCUGUGCUGACAGCUCAGAGCCUGGAGCCUGCUUCGAAUUCUGUGUCUCCCUCUCUCUCUGCCCUUCCUUUCCCUGCUCACACUCUGUCUCUCUCUCAAAAAUAAACAUUAAAAACAUAUAUAUGUAUGAAGUGUA